AUGGAUAAUGUGUCAGUAAUUACAAUGUUUACUCUGCCAGGGUUAAAUGGCACAGAAAACUACAGAGUCACUCUCUUUGUUCUCACUUUAUUGUGUUACUUUGUGAUUUGGCUGGUAAAUCUGACCAUUAUUGUGACAAUCAUUAUGGAUAAAAGCCUUCAUGAACCCAUGUACAUCUUCCUCUGUAAGGUGUAUGGGACAGCAGGUUUUUAUCCCAAAUUCCUCAUUGAUCUUCUGUCUCCCUUUCAUGUCAUCUCUUAUGCUGGAUGUCUCCUGCAGAGUUUUGUGAUACACUCAUCAUCAGGAAGUGAGUUAUCAAUUCUUGCUGUUAUGGCUUAUGACAGAUAUGUGGCUUUAUGUCAACCACUAAUGUACCACUCUGUUAUGACUGCACAAAGAAUAUCUCUGUUAGUGGCCUUCUCUUGGCUCUUGCCUCUUUUUUGCAUGUUCAAUAACACAAUGACAAUUUUUCAGACAAAGUUAUGUGGCUCACACAUACCUAAACUUUACUGUUCAAAUGCACUGCUUGGUAAACUAGUGCUCUCAAAUACCAUUAUUGUAUAUUUCAACAUUGCUAUUUACCAUGUCCAUUUUUUCUUUCUUAUUUGGUCUUAUAUGUAUCUGGUCAAAACGUGCAUGAGAUCCAAAGAUAGCAGGAAGAAGUUUACGCAAACAUGUGUGCCACAUUUAGUCUCUUUAUUCAACUUUGGCUUUGCUGUGUUGUUUGAUUUAAUGUACACACGGUUUUCUUUGGGAAGGUCACCACAGAGCCUUCAGAACUUCAUGGCAAUAGAAUUUCUUUUAAUCCCCCCUAUUGUGAAUCCUCUGGUCUACGGGUUAAAACUGACCAAAAUUCGUAACAGAAUUUCUUUAUUUUUUUCAAGAAUAGAAAGAAAGUGUCUUGACAGCGUAGAUUAA